CCCAUUGAAUAUCUUGAUCGAGCAAAUUCGUUCAAAUUCCCUCUUCUCGUGACCAGCGAGAGGUCGGUGAAGAAUCCGUUCCUUCUUGUUGCCGAAGUACUGGACGAAGGACCUGCUACUGAGAUGCUAAAGGGCAAGGGUAAAAUUAAGACGAUGGAAGAAAUUCUCGCCGCACUCAAGAAGGCAAACUCGGAGGCUACAACAACUGCGAAUUUAAUAAGUGGGGCCAAAUCCUCUGAGCCAAUACUCCUCCAGUGUUCACGAACAGUUAUUGCAAUUCACGCUAUCCCAAUCCUGAGCAUCACCAACCAAACAGCUCCUCGCUGCACAUACACUGAGCUUCUCGAAGCAGAAUCCGCCAUUGAUCCAUUGAUCGCCCGCUGGAAACGCAUUCAGCUAGCCUGUAUUAUUGCCGUCUCGGUCUUGCAUCUCUACGAAACAGGCUGGUUGUCCGAGAACCUCGAGAUGGCAGACUUUCUAUUCUUCGGAACGGCGAACAGCCACUACCACCUCCAUUCAUGUAUGGCACCGUAUAUAUCUCCCAAAGAUCCAAAGCCUCAUAUGCAAACACCAUUUGAGUGCUUAAAGGGAGCCGGAGAUCCGCAAACGUAUCUGGGCGCUCGAGACCAGAGACUUGCGACAUUGUUCCAUCGCCUUGGUAUUGUACUCUUCGAGCUGGGUCGCGGGAUGGAUUACAGAACUAUCGCAGCUAUGUCGAACGAAGAAUAUGCAGGCCUCAAGCCGGAAGACAUCGAAAUGUUGCGUAAAUCGAAAGUUAUACAGGAGAUUGAGAAAAUACCUUUUGGCAGGAGCUAUGCAGAUUUAGUCAAGUUUUGCUUGACUGGAAGACUAUAUGCAACUAGUUUGAUAGAUUUCGAUCGCAGAUUUAAUGAGGCUGUUGUAGAGAAGCUGGGAAGGUUAGAGAUGCAUUUCAGCGCGAUAUUAGAGGACGAAUAG